UAAAACCAACGUCCUUCUCACUUUCCCGCGGUUUCAAUAUGCAAAAGAGAGCUUCUCACUCCUUAACUAAACCUAAAAUCUCCCUUUCAAUUUCUCUUCCUGAACCAGCUCAAUCUCUCCCCUCUCUUCUUUGUGGGAGACAGAUAGAGAGAGAGAGAGAAGAUGCUGACGUCGAAGGCGUUCAAGGGGGCCAACGUUUUCAUGUCGCGGAACCUCGUGGCCCCCGAGAUCUUCGACAAGCUUCACGACGCGCUCAAGCAGAACGGCGCCGAGGUCUUUCUCUGCUGCGACCCUUCCCGCUCUGGCCCUAACGAUUACCACAUCAUCUCUUCCCCCGAUCACGAGAAAUUUCAGGAUCUUAGAGCUAAAGGGUGCAAUUUGCUAGGUCCUCAAUGUGUUCUUUCCUGUGCAACAGAGCAUAGAGCUUUGCCUAAACAAGGGUUCGCUUGCUGCCUUGCAAUGGAUGGUGUCAAAGUACUUGCAUCUGGUUUCGACGCAGAUGAAAAGGCAAAGAUAGAAAUGCUAGUGACAUCAAUGGGAGGAGUCCUGUAUCCUAAAGCAUCCUUGGAUGUCAGCUUUGUCAUUGCGAAGAAUGUUUUGGCUGCAAAAUACAAGUGGGCGUUAAAUAUUCUGAAGAAACCAAUUGUAACAAUUCAGUGGUUACAUCAAUGCUGGAAUGAGCAUCGUGUUGUUCCUCAAGAGUCAUACAGGAUUCUUCCUUUUUCUGGAUUGACAAUUUCCUUGACCAGAAUUCCAGCAGAUGAGCGGAAGGAGAUUGAGAAGCUUAUCACACAAAAUGGUGGAACAUAUUCUGCUGACCUGACCAAAAUGUGCACACAUUUGAUUUCUGAUGCUCCUGAAGGUGACAAAUACAAGGUUGCUCGAAAAUGGGGCCACAUUCAUAUUGUAACUCGGAAAUGGUUUAAUCAAUCCGUUGCUAGAAGAGCAUGUUUGAAUGAGGACUCCUAUCCUGUGCUGGGAGGUUCUGUAUCUUCAAGUAAAAAUGCAAGGAGUUGCUUGACAGUGCAGCAUAGCCUAGACAAGGGUGUUGGGAUUUCACAAUCUGUGGCAUCCUCAGCGGCUACAGAUUUAAAUUUGCAAGCUUCUCGUUGCACUGAAGUUUUGGAGUCAGAUUUGGAAGCCACUAUGUCACAGAAUGUUUCUUCUGCAAUUUCAGAUCCUCCUGUCUUUCUUAAAGGGGGGAAUUUUGAACCAUCUACUAUGCAUCCCAAUAAUGAAACUUCCCUUGAUGGUUUUGUUGCCAAUGAUUCUCAAUCCGAAGACAGUGAUCUGUACUUAUCAGAGUGUAGAAUAUUACUUGUUGGGUUUGAAGUUUCUGAAAUGCGUAAACUAGUUAAUAUGGUGCGUAGUGGUGGGGGGUCCCGCUAUAUGUUGUUCAAUGAUAGGUUGACACACAUAGUAGUUGGAUCUCCUUCAGAGAGCGAGAAAAAGGAGGUAAGGAGCCUUGCAGCUCUGGGUGUCAUUUAUGUGGUUAAAGCCACCUGGCUUGAAGAUUGUAAUCGUGAUAAGAAAGAAAUCCCUGUUCUGCAGAGACACAUUGCCUAUGAUCUACUUCUUCCAAAAGAUUCUGUCUACUCCACAAAAGGAACUGUGACAGGAGUGGCCAGUAUAAAUCAAAGCAAAAACUCCAUUUCUCAUCGAAGCAUGCCAUCCGAUGAGUUACUGGGGAGUAUGAACUCUGAAAUUGGAUUGCCUUCAUUGGAAAGAAACAGGGAAGAGAGGUCAGAAAUCAGCAGAGACAUUUCUCUUAAAGCAAUGAGAAGACAAAGUCAAGUCCCUGUUGUGAAUGAUAAAAGUAACAGUCGACCGAGCGACAAAAAUAAAGGUCAACUGAACAUGCAACAUGAUUCCAGUGCUAAAAAUGGAAAGCCAUCAAGUGUAUUCAAGGGGAGAGUAUUUUGCUUUUCAAAUUCCUUUCCUGAAGAUAGGAGAUUUGAAAUUGUUCAAUGGGUAGUUCAAGGAGGAGGAAGGGUAGUGGAUGAUAAUGCAAAACAAAAGGUGCACUUCAUCAUCGAGUGUCAUGGCGUGAUACCCAGGCCUAUAGAUGAUUCCCAAACCGUGUCUGUAUCAAGUCACUGGAUCCGGUCUUGUUUGGAGGAUGAAUGCUUGCUGGAUGUUGGUAGUCACAUUCUCUACUCUCCACUUCCCUGCCGGAUUCCCUUGCCUGGGUUUGAGAGAUUUCGAUUCUGUGUUUCACAAUAUGAGGAGAAAGAUAGACUGCUACUACGGAACUUGUGUUUUGUUCUUGGAGCUAAAUUUUCGGAAAAACUGAGUAAAAAGGUUACCCAUUUAUUAUGCAAAUUCACGAAUGGACCAAAGUAUGAGGCUGCUUGUAAAUGGGGGAUAUGGUCGAUCACAUCCGAGUGGAUCUAUGAGUGUAUCAGGCAGAAUGAAGUUGUUGCUCUGGAUCCAUUUUGCCCAAAAGAAGUUACUAUUCAAGACCGAGAAGCAGGAUUGUGCACCCAGAGUCAGUUUCCUACGCAAGCUGUGCCGAUAAUAUCCAGAGAUGGUGCCUCCCAGUUUUCUAGUCAAUCUCAAAACCUAGGAAACACACAAACCCAGUGUACCGUUAGUAGAAAUGACAGCUUUAAGGAAUUGGCUAAACAAUCAAGUGUUUGCAACAAAAAGGCAAGGCUUUUAGAAAAUGAUGACCAAAAGAGUCUGCCUCUCUCUGGGGUAUGUUUACAUGAUCCUAUCUGCAAUAAGAAUUCCACUGGAGAUAACAUAUCUAAAGAUAAUGGGGAAGUAUCACAUGCUGUUCCCGAUGUUGCUGCUGCUAUUGAGGACUUGUUGGAGCAGACUAGUAAGAUUCAUGAGCAGAAAUCUCCAGGGAGGACUGAAUGUGAUAAAGGUCUUUUCUCACCUGAUUAUUCAGCCCUUGGCCAAGAACAUUCAGAUACUCAUGCUGUAAUUGGGUUAUCUACACACUGGUUAAACAGGACUGGGAAAAAUGAUGACAUCGGCAACCCUUCUGGAGGUGCCUGUGCAGGAAUAUAUGACGGUUUUAGUGAAACACAAACGGAGUCUCAGGUUGUCGGUUAUGAAGAAGAUUUGUCAGGCAGGCAAAUGCUUAUAGACAGAGUUCGGACACGAAGUAGCCUGGCUUGAAGUACUAGAAUAGCCCGAUGAUGAUGAUGGUAGUAGAGAAGCAUUUGCUGUCUUGCAUCUGAGUUCGUAAUCUUGCGGAGCUGCACAAAGUGGAGGGAAAGAAGCUAAUUAGUCAAGAUGAGGUUAAGAUGACAUCUGUAUGCUUCAUAUCCACCUUGUAUUAUAAAGUAGGAACAUUUAUAUGAUAUAUGUAGGUGUUGGAGCAGCAUUCCAUAGCAUUAGGUUGGAAAAAAUGAUGUAUUGAUAUCUAUCGGAAUGCUGUAAUCAACAUCUUUGGAAUCCCCAUUUUGUUAAAAAUCAAUUUUACAUACAACCGUAAAGUGCAUAAACUCUGCGUAAUUAUUUUGAAAAAGAUUAGGAUUUACUAUUAAAAAAUUAAUUUUUUUCAUGUGGA